AUGAAAAUGACAAAUGACGAGUAUGUGUUCCUUUUACUUGGAAUGCGCAGCAUAGGAUUCGGUUCGAGCGGUGUUGGAAAGGAAGUUCGUGAGUACUUAUUGCUUACGUUUGCAUCAUUUAAAGCUAUAACAAAAUUCCAACUUGCAGUUUCAAAUGGUUUAACCCCUUUUUGGGAAGACACUGUUACUAACAAUGCUGAUGGCAUGGAUAAUGUAGCGAGAACAGCUGCAAAAUAUAUGCUUGUGGUAAGAAAAUAA